AUGGUUGCCCCACGCGGCAGGGGGUCCGCGAAGUCUGCGCGCGGCCGACGCGUCCAACUCUCGGAGGGUUCCUCGUCAUCCGCACCUCAACAGGAGAAACAGCCACAACUUCCCGCACAAGCAUCUAGCUCCAAGCCCGAUGUCCAGACGCGUCAAAAACGCGUGCUACCCUCGCGCACGAAUCGCGGAGGGCCGCAAGUGGGUACAUGCGAGUCGGAUGUGAUGAUUUUGGACACCAUGCGACGGAAAUUGGAAAGCGAACCCCUCAUCCCGGCGUCGAGCUCCUUCCUCCUGACGACCGACUCGUCUCUCGCCCCACCGCGAGCCUCCACCCCCGCGUCGUCCGCGUCCGCUUCGGGCGAACAGCAAGAGGAUGGCCAGAUCAAUGCGCUCGCGUACGGACGCUACUUCGAUCGCCCAGAGGUGCGCAAGGCGUACAAGGAGCAGCUUCAUAUCCAAACCCCCGACUUCGUCGAGCUGUCUCAGGACGCUCACGUAGGCGGUCGUUUUCGCCCGCGCGGGUCCGAGGAGGAGACGCACGACACGUCGGACGCGGCGUAUGAGAAACGACAUCGCAAGUACGAGAUGUUCGAGAAGCGGCAGCGGCUCCGGGAGAAGGAGAAGCUGCAACAUCAGCACUACAAACUCAAAGAGCGCAUCGAACAGCUGCGCGCGAUGGACGCCUCCGCGUUCAUGGCCCUCCCCGCCUCCGACUUCUCGAUGGAGCGGUCGGCGAGCCCAGGGCCGUCGACGUCGAGCCCGUCGAAGAUGUCCGUCGACGGCGACCUCCUCCACGGGGGCACGACCAACUACGAGGGCGAGUGCCGGCGGAAGGAGAUGCUCGAGGUCGCGAUGGGCAUCGAGCAGCGGUAUAGGAUGUUGCUCCCUCCGGACCGGCGGUGGACUUCUAAGAAGGCGAGCAAAUCCAAAACUCAGGCGGAAGUGGUGCAGAUCAUCGAGCAAGUGGACGAGCCCAUGGAAGAGGUCCAGCUGGAGCCGGAGCCGAUUGAGAUCCCGGACGAAGAAGAGGAGGUCGAAGAAGAGGAGUUGGUGGAUGAUGACGAGCUGGCGGACGACGACGAGAACAUCAAAAUAAUCACGGCCGAGUCUGGGGAGUCGGAAGUGGAUCCUGACGAGUUCGAGCGCAAUUGGCCUAAUAAACUCAAGCUACGCAUCAAACCUCCCGCUCGAAAACUCUCCGCCAGUGCCAGCGUUGGAGCCCAAGAACGACCAGUCCCAAUGCCCACGCAGGGAAAGGUCAAGCAAGUCACAAUUUCCCCCUUCCCUGAGGAAGUCGAUGGUCGGGUUGAUGGUCAUGGGUCAAUCUCUAUGCAAGGGACUCCAUCACUCGAUACCCUGGCAAAGGGGAAAUGGAAGGCUCCCAGCGUCGAUGAACACGACCUCCCCACUCCCAUCAGCCGUGGUCGCGGCCGCGGCCGGGGUCGAGGACGGGGCCGUGGCCGAGGACGGGGCAGCGCUAGCAUCAGCGUCGGCGCCGGCAUAAGCAGAGGGCGGGGCAGAGGCAGAGGCAGAGGGCGAGGACGCGGACGCGGCCGCGGCCGCGGCUCCGCCAUUAUCCCUUCCUCCGCGUCGGUAUCCUCAGCGGGUAAGCACUCGUUACAGCGCGCCGUGUCUCUCCCACAAAAAGUUCACGCAUCCUAUGCAGGACUUGCGAGCCGCAAAGAGCCGGCUACAAAUCCUUGCGUGCUCAUGGUGGCUGCGCUGCGGCAGUCAAGCGCACCGCUCGCACGCAAGACGCAGCGGCACAUCACCGCGUUUGGUGCUCAGGUCCCUCACGAGAUCGAAGAGGUGCGGGACUUCGAGAUCCCGUGGUGGGUGCACAACGACGACGAGGACGACGCGCGCGCAAGUGAUGGAGAAGGGGAGGGAUCGGAGGACGGCGACGACGACGAAUGGAUCUCGAGCGGUGAGCAGCGAGUUCCUUCGGCCAAGGAUGAGGAUGAGGACGAGGACGAGGGUACUAUCGAUCUUACUGAGGAUACAUGA